AUGGUGUUGGAAAAGCAUUUUGAGUGCAAGGUUACUGAUGGAAGAGGGGUGAGGAAGAGAGUGGGAGAUGGGAAGACUAUAGACAUCUGGAAGGAUAGAUGGAUCCCUGGGGUGGCAGGAGUGAAGGAUACCAAGGAUAGACUCUUCUGGGCACAUUCUGCUUCUGGGGAGUACACUGUCAAGUCUGGUUACAGGUCUGCUCAGGAGAGGAAGAUAGGGAGGAGGGUGAGAAAUAGUCAUGAAGAAUCUGGAUGUAGGAAUGAGGGUAUUCUGCCAGUCAAUGAAAACAUCAAGGCUGGGAGCAUGCAAGGCAAUCCACUAUGUAAAUGCUGUGAGGUCUGUUCAGAGUCGACUGAACAUAUGUUGUUUCUAUGUAAUCAUGCAGAGGCUAUUUGGAAAAUGGCUCCAAUUCAGUGGGAUGGUUUGGAAAGUUUGAGAGGGAAGUUUUGGUUGUGGUGGUCUGAGUUGGUGGAGGCAACAGUUAGGGAGAAGGGGGAGGAGCACAUUACUUUCACAGUCAACCUGCUAUGGCAAAUAUGGAAGGAUAGGAAUGAGAUAAACUUCAAUGGAAAGGGUAGGGCUCCAGGAGUGGUGGUACAUAAGGCAUUAACAGAAUGGUUAGAGUACCAGGAGAUCCAAGGUGAGGGAAUGGAGGAAGAGAGGGAGUUAAGGCAAAGGGUAAGGAAGCAAGAAAGAUGGGCUGCUCCUGAUAAAGGGUGGAUCAAGUUGAAUACUAAUGCUGCCUUGAAUCAGCAGACAAAUAAAGCUGGCUGGGGUAUUGUUGCUAGAGAUUGGAAGGGGAAGUUGGUUGCUACAUUGGCUUGUCCUUCCUUUACAUAUUCAGCACCAAUACUCGAGGAGGCAUUGGCAAUCAGAACUGCAAUGGUUAAACUGCUUUGGAAGGCUGGGAAAGGAUCAUUAUAG